UCGAUGUAUCGAAAGAUACAUUAUCAACAACCCUAGUGCCAACUGACAGACGGCCACACAGACAGCUGUGGAAUAUAGGAAGCAAAGUGGACUGCGCGACAACGAUGGGUAAAAACAAAGCCCCCUGCAAAAGUGUUCGAAAAGCGUGUUUAAAAUCAAACAAAUCGUAAUUUUGGGGCCCCAAUCGACGGCUAGGGAGCUUGGGCGUCGAGUGCGGAUGCGAAUGCGGAUCAAUUUCGUAACGGUAACGGGUAGCGGAGCGAGAUCGAGAUCGAAGCGACAAAACAAAAAAAAAAGGCAAAGGCACAUAUACACAAAGAAAGAAGGCAAAAAGCCAUUUUUACAUUUAACAUUUUUACAUUUUACAUCAUUCAUUUGGCCGUUGCUAGUCGAUUCAUCAAUUUCCCAAAAGUGAAAAAUAGAAAAUUUGACGGAAUAGGGGGGAAAAGUGUUAAUAUAUAUCCAAUAUAUUGAUGUUGUGUGCUGCAGCAGCGCCGCCGUCGACGCGGACAGAGGUAGAGGCAGUGGCAGAAGCAGAAGCAGAAGCAACGGCAGCGACAGCGGCAGCGGCAGAGCCGUCGACGCACUAAAUGUUUUGUACAUAAAAUAAAGAAAACGAGAAAUACAACAAAAUUAUAAUUAAUAAAAGAAAAAAAAAGAAAUUAAAAAAAAAAAAACAACGUAGUUUUUAAAUCAAUUUAAAAGAAAUCUUUAAGCAUAAAUAUACAAUAUAAACGUAAAUAAAAGUAAUAAUAACUAAUUAACACUAAUUCGAUACGGGAGAGCAUCGCGACGGCUGGAGAGAACAACGCGACGAAAGAGAGGAGACGCAGCGAGAGAGAGGGAACGCUCAGCAAAAUUCGCCUUUUACACGAUUUUUCAAUUGAGCGGUUUGGCACAUCCAGCAAGAGACCCAAAUAAAAUCAUAAAUAAAUAGCACAUUAAGCAUCCAUCCAGGAGUUCAGAUAUUCAGAGAUCCAGAAAAAAAACCAGGAGAAACUAAGAGACGGAUAGGACGGAGAGAGGACGGCGGAGAGACGGAGAAAGGCAGAAAAGUCAAAGCACGAGUGACGAAAAUAAACAAAACACACCGAGGUGGAAUAUAGAAAGAGGAAGCAUUAUCAGUAGCAGCUGAAGGAAUAACAGUAAACACACAGACACACACACACACACACGCGCAUACCCACUCACACAGACACGCUGGCGAAUCGAAACGGCAGAGGAGGCGAUGCAGGUGCCGCUGGAGGUGCUGGAGCUGGAGCUGGUGCUGGCGCGGGAGCAGGAGCCGGCGGUGGCGGGGGCGGUGCAGUAGCCGCCUCUGCUCGAAACAAUAAUGGAAAUGGAGGUGGAGGUGGAGCCGGAGGAGCGGCUGCAGUCGGCGCUGGCGCCGAAGGAGCAGCAGGAGGUAACGGAAAUGGCGGCGGUGGCGGUGCUGGAGGUGGUGGUGGCGCCGGUGGAGGCAACGAAUGGAAUCCCGAGGAAAUGGAUCGCUUCAGCUUCGAUGACUCCAUACGCUUCGAGGAGGACUCACUGUGCAGCUGGAGUUCCGAGCCGGAAUCGCUGUGCAACAACUGGCGCGGCUGGAAGAAGCCCAGCAACGCUGCGGGCAGCGGGGCAGGCAGUGCCUCCGGCGGCGGCGGUCCCGGCGGCCUAGGUGGCGCCAACGGCCUGGGCAUUGGCGGUGCCGGCGGUGGUCCACCCUACGGUUCAACGGGCGGCAGCGGUGUCCCCGGAUCCGGACCUAAUGGCUCAUGCACCCCGGGCGGUGUGGGCGGCGCCAAUGGCAGUUCGUCGGCAAUGUCCUCGGUAUCCGCCUGCGGUCGAUAUUGUGAAGUUUCCACAUUGGCAGAACUGGCUGCCCGAUGUGUGGCCUCGUACAUACCGUUCGAGCUGGUGGAGCAUGUGUAUCCACCGGUGCCGGAGCAGCUGCAGCUGCGCAUCGCCUUCUGGAGCUUCCCGGACAACGAGGAGGACAUACGGCUGUACUCCUGCCUGGCCAACAGCUCGGCGGAUGAGUUCAAUCGCGGCGACCAGCUGUUCAGGAUGCGGGCCGUCAAGGAUCCAUUGCAGAUAGGCUUUCAUCUUUCGGCCAGCGUGGUCAACCAGACGCCGAGGGUCUACUUCAACGUGGCCGUCACCUUCGAUCGGCGACGCAUCUCCUCCUGCAACUGCACCUGCACCUCCUCCGCCUACUGGUGCUCCCACGUGGUGGCCGUCUGUCUGCAUCGCAUCCAUUGCCCCCAGGAAGUGUGCCUGCGGGCUCCCGUCUCAGAGUCCCUGACGCGCCUCCAACGCGACCAGUUGCAGAAGUUCGCCCAAUAUCUCAUCAGCGAGCUGCCCCAACAGAUUCUGCCCACGGCCCAGCGCCUCCUGGACGAGCUCCUUAGCGCCCAGCCGACGGCCAUCAAUACGGUGUGCGGUGCUCCAGAUCCCACUGCUGGGGCCUCGAUCAACGACCAGACCAGCUGGUAUCUGGACGAGAAGACGCUGCACAACAACAUCAAGCGGAUCCUCAUCAAGUUCUGCUUGCCGGCGCCGAUAGUCUUCAGCGAUGUCAACUAUCUGACGAACUCGGCUCCUCCGGCGGCGGCGGAGUGGAGCUCCCUGCUGCGGCCACUGCGAGGUCGCGAACCGGAGGGCAUGUGGAAUCUGCUGUCGAUUGUACGGGAAAUGUACAGGCGGUGCGACCGGAAUGCUGUCCGGCUGCUGGAGAUCAUAACGGAGGAGUGCAUGUCCUGCGACCAGAUACUGACCUGGUGGUUCCAGACCAAGCUGACCCUCAUGAUGGGCUCCCACGGCCACUCCGGCGGCAAGCACUCGAACACCCACUCCAACUCCACGGCCCUGCAGCACGCAUGCAGUUCGCUGUGCGACGAGAUCGUGGCCCUGUGGCGACUGGCCGCCCUCAAUCCCGGACUGGCGCCGGACGAAAGGGACAUGCUGCACGCCCAGUUCACCGCCUGGCAUCUGAAGAUCCUCGACCGGGUGGUCAAGAGCCGGAUGAUGCCGCCCUCGUACACCAACAAGCACCAGCAGAACUCUCGCUCCGAAACGGAACUCUUCAUUGGAUUUAAGCCGGCCAUUGAGGCGUGCUAUCUGGACUGGGAGGACUACCCCAUACCGGGAGUGACGCACACCCACGACACCAAUCCCAUUUACUACUCGCCGUUCACCUGCUUCAAGCACACGGAUCUCAACAAUCCCGGCCAGCUGAACGCCACCCAGGCGCUCAUGAAGAACAACAAGCACUACAACUACUUCAGCUCCUCCAGCGACCAUGGCCUCCUUGCCGGCGCCUUCAACCAGCGCAUGGAGCGACCGUUCCUGGUGUCGCGCUACCUUCUCGGUGGCGGGGACAUGGACCCGAUGGGCCCCCUGCCCGCCGGCGCCAACGGCGGCGCCGCUUCCAUGGGCAGGCAGUUCUCGGUGGCCGUGCUCGGGGCUGGUGGUCAGCAGAUGGGCGGCAGCGGUGUGGCUGUGGGCGGUGGCGGCGGAGGAGCCGCAUCCGGAGACAUGAAUCCCUCCCAGAAGCAGCAACAGCAGAAGGGGCCCGGCGGCAGCUCCGUGGGCCAUUCCAAGGGAGUGGGAGCAGGGGUGGCCGCGCCCGGCGACGGCAACAGGUCGAGCGCCAGCAGCGAGGGCUUCUGCGAGAACGACGACUUCGGCGGCGACACCAGCAGCAGCCACAACUACUGCCUGCCCGGCCAGCCCAAUGUGCCCGGCCAGAAGUCGGCCCUCACCGAGUCCGACUCGCAGAGCAGUUUCGACGCCGUCUCCCAGCAGAGCAAGGACGACCCGCCCGUGGGCGGCCAGGAGCAGGCCGGCUGCUCCACCUCCGACACCUCGUCGGCCUCGUCCGCCUCCCUGUCGGCCUCGACGGCAUCGGGCAGCUCCAACAGCUCCACCUCCUCCAUGCUGAUGGCCGGCCAGGAGGCGGUAGGCGGAGUGUCGGGCGGCCAACAGGCGCCGCGUCGACUCAGCAAGGACGAAUCCUUCAGCAGUAGCAGCGAUGAGUUCAACCAGGCAGCCAGUGGAGUGGGCAGAUCCGGGCCAGGUGGAGCAGGAGCGGGAGCAGGCGUCGGUGGAGUCGGAGCAGAAGCGGGCGGAGCAAGUUCCCCCUCAGGCCCAGCAGAGGGAGGCUCUGGCUCCACAGCUGGCGGAGAUCUGACGCCCGUGCCGAGCACCUCGGCGGCAGCCAGAGCCGCUUUGGCCGCCAGUUCGGGUGCCACCACGGCACCGACGCCCCACGCCGCUGAGGGCUUGGCCGGAUUGGGAGCAGUCGUGGAUCAGCCCAGCACUUCGUCCGUGGCCGCCCAGAGAGCGGCGGCUCACCAGAAUGCCGUGGCCUCGAACAAGCCGCACGUCUUCUCCAACGUGCGUCCCACGGAGGACGCCUGGGACAUACUCCUGGCCCGCGCCGAGGGUCUGCACGCCCACGGACACGGGCGGGAGGCCUGCAUCCUAGCCGUUCGCCUGGCGGAGCAGAUGCUGGCCAAUCCGCCCAACCUGCUGCUGGAACUGCCGCCGGCACCGAAGCGCAAGGGCAAGAAGCAGAACGUGAAUCCCAUCUCGCACCAGCUGACAGUGGUGGCCUCCGCCACGCUGAGCAAGUGCGCCUUCCUGUGCACGGUGCUGUCGGAGAACUCGGAGCACUAUCACAUCGGCUUCCGGAUAUGCCUGUUCGCGCUGGAGAUGCCGCGUCCGCCGGCCAGCACCAAGCCGCUGGAGGUGAAGCUGGCCAACCAGGAGGCGGACAUACUGGCGCUGCUCAAGCGCCUCCCGCUCGGCUCGGCGGAGCUGCAGGUGAUCCGCGAGAGGGCGGAACAGUUGCGCAGCGGAACCUUCAAGACACGCGGCGAGGCCCUGCUGCCCAUCAACCUGGCCACGUUCAUAUUCGACGCCCUGGUCACCUUCAGCUCGGCCGGCGGUUCCUCCAACGUCAACCUGGGAGCCGGUGGAUCCGGAGCGGCAUCUAGCGGAGCCGGCAAGUCUGGCCUGGUCGCGUCCGGAGCUCGGUUGCUGAUGUACAAGCAGCACAACGACGAGAAUCUCGGCUUCGAUGCCGCAGUGGCUGCUCUGGGCCUGAAGGCGAACGUCUCCGAGGCGGAGCAUCCGCUGCUCUGCGAGGGAACGCGGCGGCAGCGCGGCGAUCUCGCCCUGACGCUGCUUUACCACUACAAGGACGAGCCGCGGAAGAUAGCCAAGAUCAUGGAGAAGCUGCUGGACAGGGACAUACACACGCUGCUGAAGGCGCCGCUCCUGCCGGCCUACUACUCCAGCAAUCCGCCGGUGCGGACGCCCAGCAACCAGCCGAUGCGGCGCGAGGAUCACGAGUACGGCGGCGGAGGAUGUGCCUCGUCCGGGUGCAACCCGAUGGCCAAUCUGUGCGAGCUCCUGCCCACGGACUACGGCAGCGUCGGCGGCAACAGUCGGCCGCACAGCUCCACCAGCGCCGAGCUGGAGCUGAGCAUGUGCGCCCUGAGCAUGGCCAGCAGCCAGUCGGGCAUGGUGCCGACGGCUGGCACGGCAGGUGGCGGGACGACGACCGCCAGCUCUGCCAGCACAAGCGGCAAUUCGAGUGGCACGGCCGGCGGAAACGGCAGCAACGGUGGCGGAGGAGCUGGCGGCGGCGCUGGCGGAAACGGUGGCGGCGGCAAUGGUGGUGCCGGCGGAACUGGCGGCGGAAGCACCAGCAGCAGCCGCAGCAAGGAGAGCCGCUACAAGGGCAAGCGGGCGUAUCCCUCGAUACCCAACCAGCCGUCGGAGGCCAGCGCCCACUUCAUGUUCGAGCUGGCCAAGAAUGUGCUGACCAAGGCGGGCGGCAACAGCUCCACCUCGCUCUUCACCCAGGCCAGCACCAACCAGAACCACCAUGGACCCCACCGCGCCCUCCACAUGUGCGCCUUCCAGCUGGGACUGUACGCCCUCGGCCUCCACAACUGCGUCAGUCCGAACUGGCUGUCCCGGACGUACUCCUCGCACGUCUCUUGGAUCCUCGGCCAGGCCAUGGAGAUUGGAGCGCCGGCCAUCAGUUUCCUGAUCGACACCUGGGAGGCGCAUCUGACGCCGCCGGAAGCGGCCGGCAUGGCGGAUCGGGCCUCGCGUGGCUGGGACAACAACAUGGUGUAUCCGGCGGCAGAGCUGGCGCUCUCGGUGCUGCCACAUGCGGCCGCCUUAAAUCCCAACGAGAUCCAGCGCGCCAUACUGCAGUGCAAGGAGCAGAGCGAUCUGAUGCUGGAGCGCGCCUGCCUCACCGUGGAAACGGCCGCCAAGGGAGGCGGCGUCUAUCCGGAGGUGCUGUUCCAGGUGGCGCGCUACUGGUACGAGCUCCACAUGCGCAACACCCCCAACAACAGCGACCACGAGCCCCACGACGACGGCCUGGACCACUCGGCCGUCAGUCUGAGUGCGCUGAUCGAGUCGCAGCAGCAGCACGAGCUGCAGCAACAGGUUGUGCAGCAGCAGCAGCAACAGCAGCAGCAGCAACAACAGCAGCAGCAGGUGGUGCAGCAGCAGCAACAGCAGCAGCAGCAGGUGGUGCAGCAACAGCAGCAAAUGGGUCUGGGCAAUCCGGUGGGAGUGCCCGGUGGCGGGGGCGUCGGAGGAGGUCCGCCAGUGGCAGUGCCCCCCUCGGUGGGCAAUCCCCAGGCCCAGUUCCAGCUGGCGCCCAUCGGACUGGCCCCGUAUCCGCCCUACAGCUUCUGCCAGGGCCUGUACGCCCAUCAUGCGCACAAUCUCAGCUAUCCGCCCGGCCAGAUGCAGAUGUACAUCUCGGCGGGCCCGCCGCCACCCUCCCAGGCCUACGCCGGCUACCAGCAGGCACCCCCGCCGCAGCAACAGCCACCGAAUCCCCAGCAACAGCAGCAGGUGCAGCAAGUCCAGCAGCAGCAACAGCAGCAGGUUCAGGUCCAGGUGCAGCAGCAGCAACAGCAGGUUGUCCAGCAGCAGGUUCCGAUGGCCGGACAGGCGCCACCGGGGCAUCCGGGUCAGCCGCCCGCCGGCUUCCAGCCGCAACCGCCGCCACCAGGUCCCUUCCAGAAAAUGUCAUCGUAUUUCCAGGCACUGCCGCCCCAGGCCUAUCAGGCACUACAGGCCGGUCCUCCGGGGCCGCCGAUGGGUCCGCCCGGCUACUACGGUCCGCCGCCGCCACCACCGCCCAAUGGUCCGCCCGUAGGCGUGGGCGUUGGAGUCGGCGUGGGAGUGAUGCCCAUGCGCCAGCACCACAAUCAGCAUCAGCAUCCCGUCUACUCGUUCAUGCAACAGGCCCCGCCCCCACCGCCGCAGCAGCAGCAGCAGGCGCCGCCCUCCCAGCCGCCGGUGCGACAGCGACAGCCGCAUCAGUUCACGCAAACCCAGCUGCGCUAUCUGCUGGCCGCCUACAACGUGGGCAUGCUGGCCAUGGAGACCCUGGCCCGGAGAGUGCACGACGAUCGGCCGCAGGCCAAGUACGCCCGGAACCCGCCGUACGGCGAGGAUGUCAAAUGGCUGCUCAGGAUCAGCAAGAAGCUCGGAACGCAGUACCUCCACCAGUUCUGCAUCUGUGCCGUCAACUCGAUCGUCAGCCCGUUCGUCCUGCACGACGUGGCCAUCGAAUCGGCCCACUACCUGGGCAGGAACAACCACCAGCUGGUGAUGCAGCACCUGCGAUCGGCCCUGACGCCGCUCGUCCAGAAGUGCCAGCAAAUGUACAUCCAGUGCAUCCACCAGAAGCUGUACCACCUGACGCAGGGUGACUACGAGGAGUUCGCCAGCAUUGUGGUGGCCGCUCGUGCCGCCUUCCAGAUCACACCCGAGGGCAGUGCCCAGUUCAAGGACUGGCUGCAGUCCAUCAAGCGUUCCAAGUCGUGCAAAAAGGAACUGUGGACGCAGAUCAAUGCGGCGCUACAGAGCAACUCCAAAUGACAAAGACUUGACUCCUGCAACCUGAUGACGGCGGUGGCAACGGCGCAAGCAGCAGCAGCUGCAGCGGCGGCGGCAGCUGCAACAGCAACAGCAACAUCAACGGCAACAGCAACGGCAGCAGUAGCAGCAGCGACAGCAACAGCAGAGACGACAGCUCCACAGAUGGUUGCCAAGCCGCCGGCAAUGGCAGCCAUAAACGGCAA